ACGCAGCAGCGCCGCGACACUGCCCGACACUGCCCUCCCACUCCCGGCUGACGCAGCACCGCAAUGAGCAGCGGCCGAGUCGACGCAGCCCAGUAAUCCCAGACGAUGCAGUGCUACACGGAAAUAGCCCCGCCGACGGCCGUCAGCCAUGCCCUCUGCCUGCCCUUUGUGUCGCCGCGCGCCAACAACCUCGUCGUGGCCAAGAACUCGCUGCUCCAGGUCUUCGAGCUCAAGUCGACCAUAACCGAGGUGACGCCGGGCGGCGGCAACGAGGCGGAGAAUGCGGCAGCCAACCUCGACACCGAGGCGGCCGACGUGCCCCUGCAGCGCACUGAGAACACGGCCAAGCUGGUGCUGGUCGCCGAGUUCCCGCUCGCCGGCACCGUCAUCUCGCUGGCGCGGGUCAAGGCGCUCAACACCAGGUCGAAGGCGGAGGCGCUGCUGGUGGCGUUUCGGGACGCGAAGCUGAGCUUGGUGGAGUGGGAUCCGGAGACGUACAAGCUGCAUACAAUAUCAAUACACUACUAUGAGAACCCAGACUUGCCCGGCCUUGCUCCCUGGUCUGCUGACCUGAAAGACAGCCACAGCUUCCUGACGGCCGACCCCACCAGCCGAUGCGCCGCCCUCAAGUUUGGCUCCCACAACCUCGCCAUCCUGCCCUUCCGCCAGCGUGACCACGUCGACGACGAGUACGACUCGGAUAUUGAGGGUGCGAAGGAUGGCAAGACCGUGGCUGGCAACGGUGCAGACGGCGAGCAUGCACACAAGACGGCCUACGCCUCCUCGUUUGUGCUGCCCCUCACCAACCUCGACCCGACCCUCACCCACCCCGUCCACCUCGCCUUUCUGCACGAGUACCGCGAGCCCACUUUUGGCAUCAUCGCCGCCUCCCAAGCUACUGCCCCCUCGCUGCUCGCCCACCGAAAAGACAUCCUCACCUAUACCGUCUUCACCCUAGAUCUCGAACAGAAGGCCUCCACCACGCUGCUGUCGGUGCCAGGGCUGCCAUACGACAUCUCGCGCGUCGUCCCACUGCCCCAUCCCAUUGGAGGGGCUUUGUUGAUCGGGGGCAACGAGCUCGUGCACAUCGACCAGGCUGGAAAGACCAAUGGCGUGGCAGUCAACGAGUUUGCCAAGGCAUGCUCCUCGUUCCCCCUCAGCGACCAGUCAGACCUGGCUUUACAUCUUGAGGGUUGCAAUGUCGAGCUCCUCUCUCAAGACACGGGCGACGUUCUCAUUGUCCUCAAUGACGGGCGACUCCUCAUUCUCACAUUCACCUUGGACGGCCGAUCGGUAUCCGGCAUGACCAUCCAGACGGUCGCCACAGACCACGGAGGCUACGUCUUCAAAGCCCGCGCUUCGUGCACCAGCAGUCUCGGACGGAACAGGUUGUUCGUUGGAAGUGAAGAUGGCGAGUCGGUUCUCAUCGGCUGGACUAGCACAUCCAACGUACUGCGGCGGAAGCAGGCCAAUGUCGAUGUCUCCGACGAUGAAGAUCUCGACGACGACGAUGUAGUUGACGACAUGGAUGACGAUCUAUACAAUGACACCGGACCAGCCGUCAAGAAGAUCACCUCUGCCGCCGCAGAACCCACAGCCCCUGGCAGCUACACCUUCAGAAUACACGACGUCUUACCAAGCAUUGCACCCAUAAGAGACGCCAUUCUACACCCAGGCAAGGACACCGAAUCUCUAAACCGGGGCGACAUAAUGCUUUCCACUGGGCGGGGAGCUGCGGGGGCUGUCACUGCCCUGAGUCGUGAACUGCACCCCACACACCUGGCACAAAAGGAGCUAUCCAACGCAAGAGGACUUUGGGCUGUUCAUGCCAGGAAGCAAGGUAUGGAAGGUAUCGUCACGGAAGUUGGUCAAGAUGAAGAAGCCAAUCUUGCCUCUGACGCUGACUACGAUCAAUACUUGGUGGUCUGCAAAACAGGCCAAGAUGGUAGCGAAAGCACAGUCGUGUACGAAGUCAAGGGUAAUGAGCUGUCUGAGACAGACAAGGGUGAUUUUGAACGUGAAGAAGGCUCGACGCUCAGCGUAGGUGUCUUGGCUGGAGGCACAAAGGUUGUUCAAAUCAUGCGCACCGAGAUCCGAACAUACGAUUCUGAACUUAAUAUGGAUCAGAUCAUAACCAUGGAAGAUGAGGAGGGCGAGUCAGAGCUCCGCAUCAUCAACGCCAGCUUUGCUGACCCAUACUUGCUGGUCUUGCGAGACGACUCCAGUGUCAAGAUCUUUAAAGCGAGUAAUGAUGGCGAAGUAGAAGACGUCGAAGCCAGCGGGCUGUCCUCGACAAAAUGGCUCUCUGCGUCACUCUUCAAGUCUGCGACUUUCACAGAAGUCUUUGCGUUCCUCUUGACGCCCGAGGGCGGCCUUCAUGUCUUCGCAAUGUCCCAGCUAGAGAAACCUAGCUAUGUUGCUGAGGGUCUGGGCUUUCUCCCACCUUUGCUAUCAGUCGACUAUGUACCAAGAAGAAGCACAGCGAAAGCAGCCAUUACCGAGAUCCUGGCCGCUGACAUUGGCGAUGUCACCACAAAGUCACCGCAUCUAGUUAUUCGCACCUCGACAGACGACCUCGUCAUCUACAAAGCCUUCCACGCACCGUCUCGCUCAACUUCAGAUCUUUGGACCAAGAACUUGAAAUGGGUCAAGUUGUCGCAGCAACACGUCCCAAGGUAUAUGGAAGACGCGAAUAUGGGAACGGAAGACGCUGGCCUUGAGAGCACCCUGGUAGCACUGGACAAUAUCUGCGGCUACAGCACCGUCUUUCAACAAGGAACAUCGCCAGCUUUUAUCUUCAAAGAGUCAUCAAGUGCACCGCGUGUGAUCGGGUUAAGUGGCAGGCCGGUGAAAGGACUUACACGAUUCCAUACGUCAACUUGCCAACGCGGCUUUGCCUACUUGGACACCACAGACACUCUUCGCAUAUCUCAGCUGCCCGUUCAGACACAUUACGGGCAUCUGGGUUGGGCAGCUCGACGGAUGCCAAUGGACGCCGAAAUUCAUGCUUUCGCCUAUCAUUCAAACGGCCUGUAUGUGGUGGGCACAGGGCAAUCAGAAGAGUACACUCUGAACCCGGAAGAGACGUUCCAUUACGAUCUGCCCAAAGAAGACAUGACGUUCAAGCCGCAUGUCGAGCGAGGUGUCGUCAAACUGGUGGACGAGAAGACUUGGACUAUCGUCGACACACAUGUCUUGGACCCGCAGGAAGUCGUCCUGUGCAUAAAGACGUUCAACCUCGAAGUCUCAGAGACUACUCACCAACGUAAAGACCUCAUCGCAGUCGGCACCUCGGUCGUGCACGGUGAGGAUCUAGCGACAAAAGGCUGCAUACGCAUUUUUGAGGUCAUCACCGUCGUCCCAGAGCCGGAUCGUCCUGAAACGGGUAAGCGGCUGAAACUUGUCGUGAAAGACGAGGUGAAAGGCGCAGUAUCCGCCAUCUCUGAGAUCGGAACGCAGGGCUUCAUGAUCAUGGCGCAGGGUCAGAAGUCCAUGGUGCGAGGUUUGAAAGAGGAUGGUACACUAUUGCCAGUUGCAUUCAUGGACAUGCAAUGCUACGUCACCACACUCAAGAACCUGCCCAACACAGGCAUGAUGCUGAUGGGCGAUGCGUUUAAGGGUGUAUGGUUCACCGGAUAUACGGAAGAGCCUUACAAAAUGAUGCUCUUCGGCCGCAGCAAACACAACCUCGAAUGCAUAGCCGCCGACUUCCUCCCUUUUGAGCAGCAACUCCACAUCAUCGUCGCCGACGCGGACAUGAACAUCCAAGUCCUGCAAUUCGACCCCGAGAACCCAAAAAGUAUGGCCGGCACCCGCCUCCUCCACAAAUCAUCCUUCCACACCGGCCACUUCCCCGCAACAAUGCACCUCCUACCCUCCUCGCUCCAACCCCCAAACUCCCCCACAUCAACCACCCCCCUCUACCAAAUCCUCACAACCUCCCAAUCAGGCACCCUUGCCCUCCUCACUCCCCUCUCAGAACCAUCCUACCGCCGCCUCUCCUCCCUUACAGACUUCCUCGCUACGAACCUCGACAACGCGUGUGCGCUCAACCCCAAGAUGUGGCGCGUCGGCCAGGGCGCAGAUGGAGGGUGGGAUACGGGGGUUGCGGGGCGGAGCGUGCUGGAUGGUGAUUUGCUGAUGCGGUGGGGUGAGCUUGGGGAGCAGAGACGGCGCGAGGGGCUGGGGAAGGUUGGCGGGGAUGAGUGGGGGGUUUGGGGGGAUCGAGAGGUUUUGGGGGGGUGGGGCGUGUUUGGGAGGAGGGCGUAG